AUUGUGUUUUUUUAUUUAUACCUGGCACGUUUUUAAAGCAUUUUUAUUUGUUGUCGAGCCGAGUUUGCAUCUUAACAGUUUUUAUUUGAUAAUUUUCAAUCCGCAUAUAAUGGAUUAUACUGCUCCUCCAUAUCCUGUUGAGAAAGAACCACCUUCUUAUCAGAAUACUUGCGAUUUUCAGUUAAAUCAGAAUUUACCGACUACUCAGCCCACUUAUCCUCAGCAGAACAAUCAUCAGUUUCAGCCUUAUGCUACUUACCCAGUUAAUCUCACUGAGACCAACAUACACAUUAUUUCACAAACUCCUGUUACCACACAAACUACAACUGUUGUAACUUCGUUUGGCCGAUUGCCAGUAAGUAUGACUUGCCCAUGGUGCUACCAACUGAUAGUUACACAAACAACUAUACACGAUGGCUGUUUUACUUGGCUUAUGUGUGGCCUUAUAGCUUUUUUUUGUGGCCUUUUCGGGUGUUGUUUGAUUCCAUUUUGCUUCGACGACUGCAAAGACGUUUACCACCGCUGUCCGAUUUGCCUUAGACCUGUUGGCUCCUUCACUGUUAUAUGA